AUGAGGGAGUGCAUCUCGAUCCACAUCGGCCAGGCCGGGAUUCAGGUUGGCAAUGCCUGCUGGGAACUUUACUGCCUCGAGCAUGGUAUUCAGGUAGCCGUUCCUGCCUGUGCUAUCGAAGAUCUGCAAUACGGUGUCCAUUGAUGUUGCCUUUUUUAUGUUUUCUAAGAUUAUUCCGUUUUUUUUUUGCUUUUUUCUAUGUUGAGCUAUGUUUUCUGCGAUGAGUUCUGUUUAGUUCUAUGUUUGUUACGUAAAAAAUGAAGAGAUGUUUUCCCUUCACAAUGUGGAUCUGGGAGUACUGAAUUAGUUUUCGCAGGCAGUCCCAUCCUUGACUGUUGAUAUACCUUUCGGAUCUCAGUCCUCUUUGAUUCGGUGAAUGUAGCGUUCGAUGCGUGGCGGUCUCCCCACUUCUCGGUUUUUUAUUUUAUGUUUCCAUUCCUUGGGGGGAAAAAGUCGCGGGGAGGUCUGUUCAGGUUUAGUUUUUAUUUUAUUUUGCGCAGUGAUCUAGACAUUGUUUCCCUUCCUUGUAGAUCCGAGUGUAACGACGUAUCCCUAACGCUGAUCCUAACGAUGGGGCGUUCCCCGCCCAUUUAUCUCUUAGAUUAGCAUAGAUCUUGGCUUGAAGCGCAUGAAACAUUAGAUCAGUUGCUGUAACCUACGGCUUUGCGUUUUACGUGUCUAGUCUUCUUGCUCUGAUUGGUCUUUCUCACUGCAAUCGUUCGCUCUCAGAAGAUGUUUGCAGAUCUAUCUCUUACGUGAAUUAGUAUUCAUUAUAGAUACCUUUUGAAGCUCAUCAGAUGUUUGGUACGAUCUCUUGUUCGCUUAAUAUCUUUCAACAGCGUUUAUAGUAUCGCUUAAUAUCGUCUGGUUAAGAUCCUUCGUCGUAUAUUGCCAGCAUCUCUAAGAGCACUGUUCUAAGCUGUCUAGUUAUGCAUUUUUGCCCUUCUGGGCGUCACUUACUUAAUUUUGCUUUUCCUGCAGCCUGAUGGCCAGAUGCCCAGCGAUAAGACAAUCGGUGGUGGAGAUGACGCUUUCAACACCUUUUUCAGUGAAACUGGUGCUGGGAAGCACGUCCCUCGCGCUGUGUUCGUCGACCUAGAACCGUCCGUCAUUGAUGAAGUGAGGAACGGAACUUACCGUCAACUUUUCCACCCGGAACAGCUCAUCAGUGGAAAGGAGGAUGCCGCCAAUAACUUCGCUCGUGGACACUACACCAGUAAUUUCUCUGACCCUUAAGUUCAUCACGAUUAUAUACUCCACUCGUCUCUUUCUCUAGGCACUCAUUGUUCUUUUAUCGAUAACAGUCGGGAAGGAAAUUGUUGACCUAUGCUUGGACCGCAUUAGGAAGCUGGCCGAUAACUGCACUGGCCUCCAGGGCUUUCUGGUUUUCAAUGCUGUCGGUGGAGGCACGGGCUCAGGCCUGGGCUCACUCCUCUUGGAGCGUCUCUCCGUUGAUUAUGGAAAGAAAUCAAAGCUAGGCUUCACUGUUUACCCGUCGCCCCAGGUCUCCACAUCGGUCGUCGAGCCCUACAACAGUGUGCUCUCUACCCACUCCCUCCUGGAGCACACAGAUGUCGCUGUCCUGCUCGACAACGAAGCCAUCUAUGAUAUUUGCAGGCGCUCUCUUGCCAUCGAUCGCCCCACGUACACAAACCUCAAUCGCCUAGUUUCCCAGGCCGGUUUCCCACAGCUCUCAUGCUACCAUAUCUGUUCAGCUCUGUUUUUCAUUCUCGAUAAAUCUUUUCCGCUACACAGGUGAUUUCAUCUCUGACCGCAUCUCUGAGGUUUGAUGGAGCCCUGAAUGUCGAUGUCACCGAGUUCCAGACCAAUCUGGUGCCCUACCCGAGGAUCCACUUCAUGCUCUCCUCAUACGCCCCGGUCAUCUCUUCGGAGAAGGCAUACCACGAGCAACUCUCCGUGGCUGAAAUCACCAGCAGCGCAUUCGAGCCGUCUUCCAUGAUGGCGAAGUGCGACCCUCGCCACGGCAAGUACAUGGCCUGCUGCCUCAUGUACCGCGGCGACGUCGUCCCCAAGGACGUGAACGCCGCCGUGGCCACCAUCAAGACCAAGCGCACCAUCCAGUUCGUGGACUGGUGCCCCACCGGCUUCAAGUGCGGGAUCAACUACCAGCCUCCCACCGUGGUCCCCGGCGGCGACCUCGCCAAGGUUCAAAGGGCGGUCUGCAUGAUCUCCAACUCCACCAGCGUCGCCGAGGUCUUCUCCCGCAUCGACCACAAAUUCGACCUCAUGUACGCCAAGCGCGCCUUCGUCCACUGGUACGUCGGCGAGGGCAUGGAGGAGGGCGAGUUCUCCGAGGCUCGCGAGGAUCUCGCCGCCCUCGAGAAGGACUACGAGGAGGUCGGCGCGGAGUCCGCCGAGGACGAAGACGGCGACGGCGGAGAAGAGUACUAA